UAAUUAGCACUAUGCAACAAGUUUUCUAAAAUAUGUGUUCCGUUGUAGAACCUGUUUGUGCCAUAAAUUAGUGUCAUUUCCUUGUGGAAACAACGGAUUCUAUUGACAUUAAAUUGACCGAGAAUUGUUUGGCCACCUGAACAACUUUUUAUGUUUCAAGCCUCGUGAGAAUGAAUUAUUGCACAAGGUCCUUCGUUUCAAUUCGUUUCAUCAUUCAUGCAUACCUUAUGCUAUUCAAAAGUCAGCAUAUUCUGAGUAUAAAAGCUGGUGCAUUGAGACUGAGGAUCAAGAUUGUUCUUAUAUCCUCUCUACUUUUGCAAUAAGCAUGGCUAAUAGGGGUUUAACCUUCCUUACCUUUUUGGUUAUCUUUACAAGGUUGGCCCAUGGUGAAACAUUUUUGUCUUCCAGUGGCGGAUCCCGACAAUUCGUGUUCACUCCCCUGCGAAACGAUGAACUACCUUGUGUGGCUGAAAAUCUCCGACACUCUCAUCGUUACAUUUGUGACGACGAGGCCAACGUGAUUUGUCUCUCCGGAUGGAGGGAAGACCCGGAUUGGUCCAAACGAGAUUUGCGGAACCCGUGUCCAAUCCCCAUUUGUGACUAUCACGGAGAGACCUGCCAACAUGGUCAAUGUGUCCGCCCAGAUGUUUGUGCUUGUGAAGUGGGAUGGCAAGGUCAUCUUUGCGAUACUUGUAUUCCUCUGCCUGGAUGUAUACACGGAUCCUGCAAUGCCACAUUUGAGUGCAACUGUGAUUGCAAUGAUCAAGGAGUACAAUUAUGGGAAGGUGCAUUUUGCGAGCAACCUGCUUGCCCAGAUUGUCAUCCAAACCACGGAUUUUGCUUCGAACCAUUUGAAUGCCAAUGUCACGAAGGAUGGCAAGGGCCAGAUUGUCAAGAGUGCGUGAAAUUGCCAGGAUGUGUUCAUGGCUCUUGUGAAGAUGGAAAACCUCAUUCUUGUCAAUGUGAUGAAGGUUGGACUGGCCAUCUCUGCGAUCAGCCUCAAUGCGGUGAGGGUUGCCACCACGAGAACGGAUUUUGCAUCGAGCCUGAUACUUGUAUUUGCAAGGCAGGAUGGCAAGGACCCAGUUGCUCUGAGUGUGUUCCUUACUGGAUCUGCCCUGAAGAUGGCUAUUGUUAUGAACCCAACCAAUGCAUUUGUAAUUCCACCGUGACUGACAAAGAUCGAUUUGAUAUCUGCAACCGAGAAAAGAUCAAUGGUCCAAUGCAUAAAGAGCAGGAAGGGGAUUGCUCCUUGAAAUGUACCAAGUUUACCGCUUAUGAAUUGCCCAUGGGACCCCCAAUUGGCAACAGGUCUACUGAAUGUUCAUGGGGUCAAAAUGAAGGGCUCUGUACUCCCAAACAGAGUGAUUGCCUUGGUAACCAAGAAUGGGAAUUCGACGUCAACCUUGGAAUCAUGGAGUUGGACGUGGAGAGUUGCAAAUACGGUCCAGCGUUUGCUUCUCUCACAACUACAGGAACAACACCAUCAACAAUAACAGCACCACCACCUAGACAAGUCACACGGUGGUGGUGACACCUCACCACGACUUUUGAAAGACUUGCGACAGAACAUUAUUUUGGACUAUGUGAUCAAUUCGAAAUUUACCCCUCCCCGUGUUAUUUUUGAUCUUGAAUGAAAUGAAACUUUGCAUUACCACAAAAGCCUUUCCAAAACAAGAA